AUGAGGAUUGUGGCACUGACAUGCAACGACGUCAUUGGGAACAUGUCGGAGCAAGCCCGUAUCGGUACUACUACGCCGCCUCAGUCAACACAUUGGAACAAGCGAGUCUUCUGGACGCAACCCCGGCUUGCUCGCGACUUUGUGGUUUACUGCAUACAGCAAAGGCAUGCGUCUUUGCAGCCAAAGGGACUUGGGCGCGCCCGGUGCAAGUGGAACAGCCUAGCGGCUAGCGGGCAACAGCGAAGCGCCCGUUGUGAGGGCAGCAUAAGAGUGGCCCGCCGUGAUGCAGAGGAGCUCGGCCUGACAUUGCAGAGCGGGCGUUUGCAAUGCAACUCGACGGUUAUGCUCUGCACCUCAUACAGCACUGGCACCCAACAUGUUCCAUGA